AUAAUAAUUGCCAUGAUGUUACUUAAUCGUUUCAUUCCACUCCAACAUCUGAGUCAACAUGAAGAUAAUUCUGCCUUUGCUCGCACUCUUUAUUAAAAGUGCCCUAAGUGCUAACAUCCUCGUGGUUGCCCCUUUACCAUCGCCGAGCCACUACAUCUGGAAUAGUGCCCUUGCUUAUGGAUUAGUAAAUAAGAAUCAUAACGUCACUGUCGUUACGUCAGACAAAGAUGACUCUCCAAGACCCAAAAACCUCCACCACAUUUUACUUGAAGGUACAUACGAAUUUAUGCAUGAAAACGAGGAGAUGAACAUCAACGAGAUGUUCGGCUCUAAUCCCAUCCACACUUUAAUAGAAAUGCAAUCGAUGCCUGAUUUCUUCUGCGAAAUAUUUUUAAAACCCAAGAGCUUUCAGAACCUCCUCGACUAUCCCAAGGAUUUUAAAUUUGACUUGAUAAUCAUCGAUGUGACCAUGGGCAGUUGCUUCUACCCUCUAAUCCACAGGUUUCAUUAUCCUCCCACCAUUGCAGUAACACCUUUCCUUCUUCCAUCGUACGUAGCGUACAAUUUUGGAAACCAAGUAAACCCAUCUUAUCUACCAUGGCACAGUCUUCCCUACACCGGUGAAAUGACUUUCAUGGAAAGAGUGUCAAACUUUUUGCUUGUGUAUGUUGAAGUAGGACUCAGAUAUGUGCAUCAGUACAGACAAGAGCAUAAGGUCGCAAGAAAAUAUUUUGGAGAGGAUAUACCUUCUAUGGUCGAGCUGGAACGCCACAUGUCUUUGAUUUUGACAAACAGCGACCCAGUUCUAGAUUUUCCGCAACCUUUAGCGCCUAAUUUUAUUCCAGUGGGUGGUCUUCACACAAGAAAAGCGAAAAAACUACCAGACGAUUUGCAAAACCUCGUGGACGGUGCCAAAAACGGUGUCAUUGUUUUUUCGCUCGGAACCAACAUACGAUCAGACAAAUUAGACGAAAACGUCCAACAAGUCCUUCUGAGUGCCUUCAGCAAAAUCCCGGAAACGAUAGUUUGGAAAUUUGAGAGUGAGAUCAAAGAUUUGCCAAAGAAUGUGAUCGUGCGGAAGUGGUUACCACAGAAUGAUCUUCUGGGACACCCGAACGUCAAGUUGUUUAUUGGCCAUGGUGGGGCUUUAAGUACCCAGGAAGCUAUUUUCCAUGGUGUGCCUAUGAUAUGUGUUCCUUUUUUAAUGGAUCAGUUUUUAAAUACACAGAAUGUUGUUACAAAGAAAAUGGGACUUGAAUUGAAUAUUCGUAAUGCUACGUCUGAGGACGUCUAUCGAACUAUAAGAGAAGUUUUGAAUAAUCCAAUCUAUUCUGAAAAUAUGAAGAAAAGUUCUAAUCGAUUCAAAGAUAGAAUGGAGACCCCGUUAGAAAGAGGUGUGUUUUGGGCUGAGUACGUUAUCCGUCACGGAGGUGCUCAUUUUUUGAACACCCCAGCAAGAGAUCUUCCACUUUACAAAGCCUCUGGAUUAGACGUUCUAGUUUUUAUUUCGCUGGUGGUUGUUUUAUUCUUCAUCGUUGUUUUAAAAAUUGUAAAAUUACUGAAAAAAUUAAGAAGAAAGAAGAAAGUUAAAACAAAUUAAGAAAUAUUACUACAAUGUUAGCGAACUGUAUAAAGUUUUUUUUUUUGGAAUAAAUAUUUGUUAGUUGCCGCAGAACGAUGUCUUACGCACCAAUUAUAGUUAAAAAAUGUAGGUGGUGCCUUGGUACUUUCAAAUUUCCCUUUACGGGAUUGCUAAAAAUAGAAAAAAAGUACCACAAUUCGAGUAAUCAAAUAAACAGUCCGUGUUUAUAAAUUCGAAGGUCACUUUACUGAUAACAUGAUAACACAAACUAGUAAGUCAAUGUCAAGCUACAAUUAGUAUAUCUCAUUUAACGUCGAAACCGUCGUGCACGCGUCGUGUACCGCCACCGCGCUUCCCAACGACCAUGCCGGACAUUUAACUUUUUUUGUAAAACCGUUUUGUAUAUAUUUAAGUUAACUUUAACCGUAAUAUUUAUUACCUUAGCUAUGUAGCUGGUUGCACGGAAUAAACCCUUGUUAUUAUUUAAAAUA